CUCUCUUCUCUCUCUCUCUCUCAGUUGAAGAAAGCACUUCCCUCAAAAGCCAAAGACCCAUUCAGGGUGAAGCUUCAUGCAGUCGUGCGAGAAAUGGUUCUCAGAAUCAUAGGCCCGUUUGUCCUGCUGCUCCCACCUGAGUUUCUCCAAAAGCUGCCGAUUCCUCGACCGAUUGCUGAGCUUCUCACGAAAAAGCGUAAUGCAACUGCAACCUUGUUUAGCCCCCUCGGCAAGUUUUGGCACAUAACUCUCGUCAGAGAUGGAGACGACAGACUGUACUUCGACAAUGGCUGGCGCGAGUUCUCGCAGGCCCACGAAUUAGUCGCAGGCGAUUUCGUCCUGUUUCGCUACGAAGGAAACAUGGUCUUCAAGGCCAAAGUGUUCGACACGAGCGGAUGCCGUAAGCUGCGUGAUGAUCAACAAGAUACCGAAGAGCCGCGCACUCCUCCGGGUUUUUCAGCAAAGAAGAAAUCGGUUGAGAACGAAAACUCCGCGCCGUGUCCACCGCAUUUUGAGAAGAUAAUGAGAUCUUGCAACGUCAGCGGAAACAUUCGUCGUCGCUUGUGCCUGAGCGUUCCAAUGAGUUUCCGUUCAUCGUACGGGCUCCUGAGGAGGGAGAUUGUACUUAAAGAUCCGAAAAAGAGAUCAUGGCCUGUGACAUUAUGGAAUGGGAAAAGAGAUAGCCGGAUUCAUCGAGGGUGGAGGGAGUUUGCUGUGGGGAAUAACUUGGAGGAGGGAGAUAAAUGCAUCUUUCAGCUAAUAUCUAGCGGGGAAAUGCGAGUUCUUAUACGCAAACGCUGCUGCGCAUAAGAAGCAGCAAUCCAUUUUCCAGAUAUGUGUUCAUUAUCUUUUGUUUCUUCGUCUUUUUAAUGUAGGUAAUUACUCGGUUGCAUGUGGGCUUCGAAUUGUAGUGUUUUUGGUAUUUUGGGUUCCAUUUGCUGACGAUGCGCAUGUUUUCGUGAGAUGGAUUGCUUUAUGGUAUAAUAUUUUGGAUCUAUAUUUUGUUUAUGCAUCUUAUUAUCCUACAAUUCACAGUUUGAUAGAUCAUCAUUUUUGCUGUUCUUGAUGUUUUCGGAUAUACUGAACAAUCUAUAAUAGGAAUGUAAAAUACAAAAUAAUUUACAUCUAAUGCAAAUUUUUUUCAUCAUAGUAUGUCGAAUCCUUUCGUCUUUACUUGCUUAACAGUUUUGAACUGCAGUUUUCUGAACUUACUGCUGCACAAAUGGAUACAUCUCAGACUGUCAUGUUCACAUUGCUUGAAAUAAGGAAGAUCAUGAUAAAUUUUUAUUGUGAGAGGAACUGACAUGAAGAAUGUUUUCUGCUGGCAAUUUCUGCAAUGCUGACACUGCUGUGGACUGUACAGAAAUGUUUGUUUUUAUGUUGAGGUAAAUUUGGCUGCCCUGAUGAUUGCCUCAAAAGCUGCUAAGAAGGACUGCAGCUUUGUGAGGAAGCUGAAUUAGAUCACAGUUAAGAAGAUGAACUGCCACAAUCAGGCUUGUUCGGUGAAAGAUGCAAGCAAUUUUGAGAUUUUUUUUGUGGUUUACGUCGUAAAAUUGGACGAAAAUUGUCACAUUUUAUUAUUGAUGCAAUAAACAUUAUUCGGUA